AUGAAUAUGGGCAGUGUUUACCAACCUCGACAUCAGCAAGUCUGCUACUCGGCGAUCCUGGACAAGAAGCAGCCUGUACCGGUUUCAGAUGCUACAGAGGUGGACAAAAAGCAAGAUGAAGUGGUUUAUGAAAAAGUUGAUCAGUCCACCCCACAGCUGGGAAUAGACCCGAACCAGCAAGAUAUUUCAGCAUUUCCAAUGCUGAGCGAUAAAGGCUUCUUGGCACAGCUCCAGGAGUUUCAUGAAGCCUUAGUCAAAGCCAUCGUCAAUAUUGUGGAGCGUUGGUGGGACGACAGUGUCUCCGAUUUUCCCUCUAGAAUGCCGCUUGAACCGCAGGCAGAGGAGAUUCUGAAGUACUAA